AAUUAUUGUUUUAAUUAUUUUACUAUAACAAACAUAGUAGAAACAAUAUAUUUAUAAAAUUUGUGGAUUAUAUUCUUUAAUUGAAAAAUUAUGUUUUCUAUUGAAAUUUUUCUACGAGUUGAGAACCCCUACCGUAAACCUUAUUAUUGUUACUCUACUGUAAAGAAUUUCAUUGCACUUACAAAGUUUACAUAAGUUUCUCAAUGUACUCUAAUUGCAAUUACAGUUUGGAAUUAAACUAAACGAUAUGUGUAUUAUACAUAUUAAUAAAUAAUUUACCUAUCGAUUUUUUAAAAUCGCUUACAUGAAUAUUGCAAAACAUUUUUCAAAUAUCGCGGCCAUAUGAUUACUACGUAGUUCAGUUUCGUUAACUAUCAUUUUUGACAGUUCAAUUUUCAUGUUAAUUAAUGUUUAGUUUAGUUGCAAGAUUCUUUAUAUUGACAAAAAAUAUGUUUCUCGUUGUUAGUUGAAAAAAGAAGGGGGAGGAAAGGAGAAGAAAACACAAAAUGACUUCGGAAGAAGAUUGUCCUUGUACGGACAUGUCCGAACCUUCGAACGUGACGUCUUUACGUACUGACAUAAGUUCGAUAGUAAAUUCUUAUGAAUCUUACGUAAAAAUUACUGAAGAAGGAAAAAAGACAGACGAAGAACCUUACAAAAAGACUAUUAAUCAAGAAUCACCAAAAGCAACAAAUCAUCGAGAAAUGACGCAAUUCGAGCCUGUUAUACCUUGCUAUUGUCAUGUCCCAAUAAUAAAUGCUUGCACAUUACCAGUAAAGUAUACAAAAGGUAAGUGUGUUAUAUUAAAUCUCAUACGUGUUUACUUCCGAAAUAAUUCUCUAAAAAAUGAUUUUUCAGAUGAUCACCGUAGACAUCGUUCAUUUUGGUCUAAUUUUCGUUACAAAUGGUCUGAUAAAAAAUAUCUCGAUGAUAGAAAUCGAAAGUACGACAUUAAAUUACGACGGAAUUCGUGUUAUAAGUCUUUAAAUAAAAUCACAAAUGGUAGCGUAAAAACAAAGCCCGAAGAGAAAAUAAAGUUUCAAGCUGACAAGUUAGGUCAAGGUGACAAAAAAAGAAAAAAUCUUGCCGAGAGAAUCGAUAUUUAUUACUUCGAUCAUGGAAAUUCUGCAUAUUAUCGAACAACGGAUUCACCACCCAUAUUAACGACAGAAAAAUGUGCUGAAAAGACGGACCAAGCGGCGACACGUUUUUGGGCUGAAAUAUUUGGCACAAUUCACAUAGGAACAGCAUUUUUAACAGCUUUUAUUCUACAAUUGAUAAGAUUCAUGCUAUUCAGUCUUAUUCGACCAUUGACUGUUGGUAUAUUGCAAUUAUUUGCAGACUAUUUCGUGAAACCAUUACUUUCGAUAAUAUUUAACGCAUUGAUACAACCAAUUUUAAUACUUUUAUACAAUAUCGCAACAUCUAUCAAAGAUCUUUGCGAGCCAUUGGCAGAAACUAUCGGUUUAUUUUUAAGAGAGAUAGCAAAUCUAUGUAGAUCGAUUAGGAUAAUAGAAAUAAAAUAUGAAAAUAAGGGUUCUCCUACUUGAAAGUGAGAAACAAAUUAAUUAUUGAGACGUACACGUAGUCGGCAUACGAAUGAGGAUAAUUUGGAAGAAUUUUAUUACGGCCAAGGAUUUAUAACAAGUCGAUCAACUGGUACGAUGAUCGUUUCAACAUGAAAAUAACAGGAUAUUGCCUUAACACCAGGUAUAUAUUUGGUAUUACUCUCUUCAACUUUACAAUAUUCUUAUUGGUUCAUUUAUUUUUUUAUGAAACAAAUGAUCUCUCUUAUAUCUCAUCAACUAAUUUUCAUCAAUAUAAUAAUUAAUGAAUUUA